AUGGCAAAGAGAGAAGAAGAGAGGAGGGGACCAAAACACGUGCUGGAAAAUGCUUUCCCGGCGGGUUGUGGCGGCGGGCAGAGGAAAUAUCUUGGCCAUUGGAUUAUGGAUGGAAGGCCAAGAUUGAAUCACUUAAAACUGUUGGGUCAAAUGGGUUUGAUGGGCAUGAAUCGCGGGUCAUGGGUUGAAAAUGGUUUGAGGGAGUGGCCUUUUUUGGACCCUGCCCACUUUUCCAAUUGGAAUCCCGAGUUAAUGGAAAUUUCCAUUUCAUGUUUAAUUUCUCUCGCAAUACAUCGGAGAAACCGCGUGAAGCUCGUAAAAGCCGGAGCGGUGAAAUCGAUCGGAAAAGCACUGUCCACGGCGGAGCUGGGAACCGGAUUAACGGAUAAAGUGUUGAGAUUGUUAGAAUUAAUAUCUACGUGUAAAGAAGGGAGAGUAAAAAUGUGUAACGACGGAGAUUGCGUACAAGCAAUAGUGAAGAAAGUAUUGAAAGUAUCGAACGAAGCAACGGAACAUGCGGUAACGAUUCUAUGGAGCUUGUGUUGCUUGUUUCGGGAUCAUGAAGCACAGGAAUCGGUGGCGAAGAGCAACGGCAUGGCGAAGAUAUUGUUGUUGUUGCAAAGUAAUUGUUCGCCGGCGGUGAGACAAAUGGCUGCCGAUUUGCUUAAAGUGUUUUGGGUGAAUUUGAAAGUGGCGUCUUGUCUUUCUACUAGCUAUGAAUUAAAAUUAUAUGAUUUUGGGGCCCGAGUAUCUCUCUGCUCCUUAUUUGCAACUGAUCUUGGUCAGUUGUUUUGUGCACUCUAUACUUCAUUUCCAUGA